AUGCAAUCGGCAAACGUCGACAUGGAUUUUUGUUCUUAUUCAUUAUUAUUAGAAAAAUCUGAUCAAGAACAUAUUCAAUCAAAAUUUUCAAAUACUAAAUCCAAACAGAUUUUAUCAGGAUUCGUAAAUGUUCAUUCAAAACGUUCUCGAAAAUCUUCUUGUCCUUAUCCUAUUCGAAAUCGUCAUCGUCAUCGACGUAUACCAUUGACAUUUGAUACAACUCAUAUAUCAAAAGAUUCAAAUGAACUUAAAAAUCAAUUAAUUGUGAAUAAUAAAAAAAUUAAUAUUGAAUCAUUAAAACCAAUCGAAAACAUAACACAAGAAGAAGAUUAUUUGACAAAAUCACAUGAACAAAUUAAAGAAGAACAAGCACAAUUACAGAGAGCUAUUUAUAAUGCUAAACAAACACCAUUAAUUCCUUUAAUUGUUGACAUAGAUUAUCAUUCAUUAUUCAAUUUAUCACCACAACAGAAUGCUCUAUUGAUUAGUAUUAUCAAUUUAUUACGUAACAUUAGUGAAGAAUGUUCUUUUUUCGAACAAUUUCAAAUUUAA